CGAGGAGACCCCGGACCGCCUCCUUCCCGGCUGGUCCGCCAUCUUGUUGUUGAUUUGAACGGGUUCAGAGCGGGUGAGAGGAUCCGGGACACGGGAGGAGACCAUUGCGGGUGACCGCCCCCCUAUCCCAGCUGGGAGCAGCGCCUGGGGAGGCGGUGAGAGGAGGAGAAGCCGGCGAGGGCGAGCUAGGAGCGGCCAUUACCGGAUAGUGUAUGUUUAAUGCUGGAGCUGUGGGAUGGAGGGGGUGAAGCCCAACCAGGCGUCAAUCAAAGCAUUUUACAAUGGGAGGAGGGCUGAGGAGGCAGCUCUGCAACCACCGAACUACAACUCCCAUGAUGCUUUGCCAGAGACCUGAGGGUGGGGGAGGGGGGUUACAGCUCCUGGCUAUCCCAGCCUGGCUAUGCCUGACAUCAUGCAGUCAUUGGCCCUCCAUGGGCUAUCGGCCAGCUAUGAAUGGGCUAAUAGCGGCAGGGGCUCAGUGGGUACAGUAGAGAUGAAGGUUAGGGACAGGUGAGUAGUUUUAUAAGACUGCUGAAGGAUCAGGUAACGUGGGAUGAAUGGUCAGAAGAGUGUGUGGACUGGAUAGGUGGUGGAGUAAAGGACUAGGUGCACUGGCCCUAUAAAAUAAGGAGGAGAAAUGAGUGAAGGACCAGAUGCUAUGGCUUUAUUAUAGGGGACAAAGGAUUAGAUGCACUGGCUUUAUAAAACAAUGGGGGACCAAAUUUGGUGGCUUUAUAACUAGGUAAAGGACCACCUGGAACAGGGUUUAACCCCUUAAGGACACAGGACAUGUGUGACAUGUCAUGAUUCCCUUUUAUUCCAGAAGUUUGGCCCUUAAGGGGUUAAAAAGAGAGGAAGGACCUGAUGCACUAUCUUUAUAAUAUGGGGCAAAGGGACCAGCUGCAGUGACUUUAUAAAACCGUGAAGGCCUAAAAUGUGGUGGCUUUAUAACUGGAUAAAGAGCCACAUGGCACAUCCUUUUAAAAUAAGGCCUGAUGCAGUGGCUUUAUAAUAGGGGGUGAAGGACUAGAUGCACUGGCAUUAAACACUGAAGGACUAAAUAUGGUGGCUUUAUAAUUGGAUAUAUAAUUUAGAGCAUUUAACAAGAGUCAGAGGACCAGAUGCAGUGCCUUUAUACGACGGUGGGGUUAGAUCAGUGGUUUUUAACAAGGAUUCAAGUGAUGUCAUUAUCUUCACUACACAUUCUUCGAGAUUUAAACUACGUGCCUUCAUUACACUCUUUCAAUUGUGAAAGAGGUCUCCUUGCUUUAAGAAAUGCACAAAUGAUACAGUAAAAACAUCUUGUGAGCAUUUACGUAAAUCCUGCAUCAACUUGAAAUGCUUGUCCCUAACAUUGGGACCCAAUUCUGGAUUUCAAGACUGGUUAAAAACCUCUGCCCUAGCAGAGAAAGACCAGAUAGAGCAUGUUAUCAAAAAGAGAAAGUAGGGCCAUGAGACAAGAUUUAUAUUGUAUAUUUUUACAUACUCAGGAAUGAUGAUGGUUGGGGCUAACAAAGGAGGAAGCAACAGCACCGAUUAAUGGAGCCAACUUGUUCAUGACAAAUAGUUUUAACCUUUUAUAUCCAGUAAUUCAAUGAUUCUUAACCCCCUGGGUGAGUUCCCCAAAAAGUGCCCCUGUUUAGUUUUAUAGGAACCAGCACAUCAUACUGAUUAGAUUAUAGGCAACUGUACUCUUUGAUUUGUUUACCACUUUCCAAUUUGAUUCAGAACAAAAGAGAUUUAACAAAAUGUAUUUAAAUGUUGUUGUUAAUAUUAUACUUGUAUGAUAGCGGUGACAUCACUGCUGAGAGCAGGGAAAGGUGAAAUUAAUUUACCUGAACCUGUCAAUUGCAGGUGCUGCCAUUCUGUUCCGGCCUGUCUUCUUCGCAGUCAACAUCUGUACUCUCGUGCAUGCGUGCGAGUAAAACAUUAAGGUCUAUGGGGGAUCCUCCAGCUCUCACUGCUGAUUGACACUUCUUGACAGCGGUAAUUGUCUAGUGUCAGGCAGAGAAGAUAUAUUGAGACAAAGUAGUCCCUACUUUGUCUGUGUAUUUUGUGACUGGGUUGGAAUCUCAUUGAAAUUAAAACACAGUCCGUUUAAGUAUUUCAUAAAGAUUUUCUUCAUAAAUGCAUUUUCCCAGAGGGUGACAAUGCCACUUUAACCCCUUAAGGACACAUGACAUGUGUGACAUGAUUCCCUUUUAUUCCAGAAGUUUGGUCCUUAAGGGGUUUAAGAGGAGACACUGAGCAUUUUUUCCAAUUGAAGAAUGGCCCACCAAGUUAAUACAAUGUACAUAAUAAGUUGAGUCUCUUAAGGCUAUUUACUAACGUAAGAAUUGUUGGGAAUUCAAAAUGAAUUUCAAGUUUAAGGGCAAAAUACCUGAACCAGAAAUAAUCUCCUACUUCGCUAUGCUUCCAGUUCAGCUAUUACGGCCUUAAGUUUAAAAGACUGUCAAAAAAACGUAGGUUGCCAGAAAGGUUUUCUAAUGGAUUUCCCAUCCUACUGGAAAUGCAUAUCACCAAGUUAAGGCAACUGAUUUCUGUUAGUAAGUGUGCAAAGGCCUGGUUAUGUAAAGCCAUUUUUUUUUUUUUUUUUAAACAAUUAGUACAUUCUGUCAGUUGUGAAUAAGGUAGAUUAGGGACAAGUAAGAGGGCUUGUUAAAUUGGGUUCAGAAGAAGGCAAAGUUGGGUCAAGAAAGGUAAAAGGUUAAAAUAAGGGAUGGAGGAUAGACUCAGGACAGUGAUUUCGACAAAAUGGGCUACGUAACCACUGUGGCAGAUUGGUAAUAAGUCAAAGCAUUGUGCGUGAAGUGUCAAAGUAGGAUAUGAAUUCUAUGAAACUUUGGAAAGUUUCUUACAAUACAGACCCCCCCUCCCCCAAAUUGUCUUGUAUUUUUUUCUUUGUAUGGUACCUAAACUUUAGAACAUAUAUUUUUGUAUUCAAGGAUUAGGCUUGGAUGUGAAUACACUAGUUACAUUUUCAGCAUACAUGCUUCAUGUACUAUUGUCUUCUUCCUGCCAUUUUAUGUAAGUGGAGCAAACACUGACAUAGCGCUAUGGAAUUUGCAAGCACUAUAUAAAUAAUAAAAUAAUUGAGGAGCUGCACACAUUUACAGCAUUAUUCACUAGAGUGAAAAUUUAUGUGAAUUGGUCAUUUUAUGCCAAACUGAAAAUCGAACUGGCUUGGAGUUUUUUUGUGUGGUUGUUUUUUUGUUUUUCCUAAUUUAGCUAAUGUGACCUGUUAGUCUCCAAGUAGAAGUAUAUUUUACAACCUGCUUAACAAAAUUUGGGUUUACAUUCCCCUUUCAAAUAAUUUUCCAAAGUAAAUGAGUUCUUGAAAUGGGCUAAAACAAAAUCAGGGGACUUAAAGGACCACUUUAGGCACCCAGACCACUUCAGCUUAAUGAAGUGGUCUGGGUGCCAGGUCCCUCUAGGAUUAACCCUUUCUUCUAUAAACAUAGCAGACUCAUUGACAGCCGCUAGGGCGUUUGUGUGCUUCUCACUGUGAAAAUCACAGUGAGAAGACGCCAGCGUCCAUAGGAAAGCAUUAUAAAUGCUUUCCUAUGAGACUGGCUGAAUGCGCGCGCAGCUCCUACCAUGCAUUCAGCCGAAGAGGAGAGCUCUCCAACUGAGGGGCACCCUCAGGGCACUAUAGUGCCAGGAAAACGAGUGUUUUCCUGGCACUAUAGUGGUCCUUUAACACGGUCAGAUCACUUUAAAGAACUUGCCUCACAGAUUUGUCAUUCAUUCAUUGUACUUAAAACAUAUGAUACGCACUAGAGAGAGCCAAAACUGAAGCCCCCUGUAGUACUACUUCCAUGAUGCUUUGCCAGCUCAGAAAGCUGCAUGUUAUGGGAGCUACGGUUCUAAAAUGGGGAGAUUCUUUCUGUUACCAUCCCUUGAAUUAAUCAUCAAGUGUUAGAAGUCCAAUAAAUAUGUAUGACUGUGAUGGCAUAACUACUUUUUACGGAAUUUACAUUAUUUAUUUCUGCAAAUUUUAAUUGUCAUAGUUCUGACAUCCUUAGAAGCAGAAGGGAAAAUUUAUUUAUUUUAGGACAUAAUUUUGUAUUUACCAAUAUUCAUUGGAACCGUCAAGUUUUUGGGGACAUGCUACUUUAUGCAAAUUCAGUAAUUUGAUAUCCCCUCCCUCAAAGUGUUGUCCAUACUUCAGGGCAGCACUUUUCAAAUACUGCGCAUCAGCAUCAACAGAUAAUUUGUGUAGGGAAGCAUACUGGGUUUGGCAAAUCUAAUCUUGAUUGAGGUCAUCUAGAGCCCAACGUUAAUAUACAAAGGCUAAAAUGUACAUUUAUAGGGACACUAACACCAUAACUGAUUCAUCUCAUUGAAGUGUCUGGAGUCCCUUGGCGCUGUCCUUCCAUUCAGCAUUAACUUGUUUUUAAUCUUUUAAUGCCAAACAAAGUCACCCAUAUCUUCUGUGAUGCUUGGGCUAAUGAGGUAGCUAGCUGUAGGUAUGAAUCGGUAUGGUUACAACAGAGUACCGUAUUUUCCGGCGUAUAAGACAACCUUUUAACCCUGGAAAAUCGUCUCCAAAGUUGGGGGUCGUCUUAUACGCCCAAUCAUUUUAAACGCCGGAAAAUACAGUAAUCUCUGACUUAGCCACGCUUUCAAUGGAGGCUGAGCUAUGGGAAUCCAUUGACCGUCAUUUAGUGUUAAAUUGCUCUAAAAUAGUUAAGCACUGAACGGAGGGACAGUGCAAGGAGACAUGUUUGUAUCCCUAAUGCUGUAGUGUCGUUCCUUUAAACUUGAGAUUCACAACGCUAGGGCACUCUUGUCGUCUUAAACACUAUAGUGGGCUGUAAUGGUUAUGGUGCUUGUUUUAAAAUUGGAAUUGCAAAAUAUAGGCUACAAUUGCCACGAGUGACUUUAGCAAAAUUUAUAUAUUUUUUUUUUAUUUUUAUAAAUCAAUUUUUUGCCUUAAUUGUGCAAUUUGGGUUUUAGUUUCCUACAUUUCUCAGUUAAUAAUAGAAAAAUACUUUAUCUUUUUAAAGACAUACAUGCACAGUUAAUGGUUGCCAUUCUAAAUGGCAAAAUAGGUCAAAAGGAGUUAAAAAUAAAUAAAUACAAAUUACAAUAUGAAGAAAGCUUAUAAAAUAAAUGAAUUAGUACUGUGCAGCUGGUUCAUAAAACCACCAUGACUCCUCUUGUGGUAUAAUAUAAGUCACAAAAAAUGAAAGGGACACUGUAGUCACUAUAAGCAUUUCAUCUCUUUGAAUUGGUUAUAGUGCCUGGAGUGCCCUGGCAUUGUCCCUCCAUUCAGUGUUGAACCAUGUUUGUGCAGUAUGCCACAAAAUAAGAGUCCCUGGCCACCCACAGUCCGGCCCCUUCAGUAUGUGUAGUUAAGGCAGAGAUUACACACUUCCUUAUUGUCAUACCCAUUCAUACCGUCCGUUGGAACUCUGACAGGCUAAAAGCAGUCAGCUGACACUCUCAGCCAAUCACAGCUGCCCAUUGUUGCUCAGGCUAAUACUUCCUUAUUAGCCAAAGCAGCACAGAGGGGAUGGAUUGCCUAUGACUCUUGUUUAGCAUUAAAGCAUUAAAACUUUAAAAACUGUUUAAGGCUGAAAGAAAUUAUGGUACCAGAGGACUCCAGACACUAUAACCAGUUUAAUGAGAUGAAGCAGAUACAGUGCCUACGGUGUCCCUUUAAAAGCAGACUUAAGCAGUACAUCUAAGUGCUGCAUUUUGAAAAAGUAAUUCUCCUACCACAUGAAUCAAAUAGAAUAAGCCCAGGCAGCUACAGAGAGAGGUUUGGAGUGCCCAAGCCCACCAAAAUUCAUGUAGUCCUCCCUCAAAUUGCACCGAUCAUGGUGAAUGAUAACGUGAUCACGUCUAACUCGAUCACCAUGUUACCGUAGCAAUGGUAGGCAGUGAUUGCGAGAUUUAAAGAGAAGUGUCCCAUGCUGGCAAAGAUUGAGGAGUAAAGAGAAACUUGCAGGCAUCUGGGAAGCAAUAACUGGAGGGCAUUGCACAUUGAAAAAAGGUUUGUAAACCCGAAAUGGUUUUUGGCCUUCAUUAAAAUGUAUCCCUUAAUUCUGAUGGCGCUUGUUUGAAUUUUUAUUUUUUGUGCAUUCUAUAUGGCAAGAUCAUAUCUAUGCAGUAGGUGUUCAUGCCAUCCUACACUGGUAAGUGCUCAACCCAAUCACCCUAGAAACUUAAAUCACAGGCAGCUUUAUACCAAAGAGCUUUCCUUUAAAUGUAGCUCAUUCAUAGAAAUGAAAGCGGCAUCAGUGAUUACACAAGCAACCUUUCUCAUUGAAAUGAUGCUUUGAUCCAAAGCACAGUUGACAUCACGUGACCUAGGAAUAGGAAAUAUCUUACACUGCUUAUUUAACAAGGUUUGAAUUUUUAUUUUUUGUGCAUUCUAUAUGGCAAGAUCAUAUCUAUGCAGUAGGUGUUCAUGCCAUCCUACACUGGUAAGUGCUCAACCCAAUCACCCUAGAAACUUAAAUCACAGGCAGCUUUAUACCAAAGAGCUUUCCUUUAAAUGUAGCUCAUUCAUAGAAAUGAAAGCGGCAUCAGUGAUUACACAAGCAACCUUUCUCAUUGAAAUGAUGCUUUGAUCCAAAGCACAGUUGACAUCACGUGACCUAGGAAUAGGAAAUAUCUUACACUGCUUAUUUAACAAGGUUUAUAAUUUGGAUAGGGUAGAUGGAAAAGUGUGUGUAGGGGCAGGGGAGAGGGGGGGGGGGGAAAUCAUUGGUGACCAUCUGAAACACUUUAGAUAUUUCAGUAGUCAAGGUAAUCCUGUUUAAUAAAUUAAGUCUAACCUUCUAGAGGACCAUUUUCCAGUAAACAAUAUGGAUUGUGUUUAUAAUAGUCACAGUUGCACUGCCAUGUUUUAAUACCUAAAUUGGUGAUUAUCUGGGUUCCAGCAAAACAUUAUUAAAUCUAGUGUUUACUAGGAUCAUCUCUGAAUUUAGUGAAUACACCUAUAUUGCAGAGGACAACUAUUUUUCCAUGAAUGUACUAGUACAGUGUAUAGCUGUCAUGUUCUUGACAGAUCCACUUGAACCAUAAGAGAAGAAUGGUUUUAGUAGGGAAUACAACAUGAGUUUGCUGUAUCAAAAUUGAAAGGUUAUUUGGGGGAGGGGAGUGACGACUGCUCAGUGUAUUUGCUGCUUGCCAGGUCUAAUUGGUGUGCUCAUUUAAUCCUGUCUUAUCUCUCCUAAUAUAUGCUCAUACAUGUAGAGGCUUUAGCUAUAUGCUGGGAAAUGUUUGGCAUACAGCAGGAUGACUUUUAUUAAGCUUGUGGGGUUUUUCUCAGUUGUAUUAGCACCUUAUUAUGGGGUGGACUAAUGUAGACACUUUGUCCUCUGUAGACAAGUUUAAGUGCUGUGCACACCUGAGAAGCACUUGCUCCUUUUCACCUGGUAAUUUUGUACCCACUAUUAAAUAAUUCAACUGGACUCACUUUCCAGGCGUUCUGACUCGGGUUCCUUUUUCCAUCUCUUUUGUACAUGCACUUUGACCAAUUAUCUGUAUACCUCUUUGAUCCUCUGAAUGUUCAUCCUUAGCAGAUUAAAUAAAAUAGAUUUGUGUAUGAUUAGAAGGUCUUGGGUUCCCUGUUGGCUGGUUUCCUCCAUUAUAACAUUAGAUCAUAUUUUAUGGUAUUCUCUCCAUGGCAGGCUGUUUGAACCCACUUCCUUUUCCUGUGUAAAAAUUUUCCCUAUUACAGUACUUGCCUUUCUGUCUCAUCUACUAGAGAAAGCUACUAAUUAAAAAUAAAUGUGCAUUGUUUGUUUUAUUUUUGUUUUGUUUUGUUCUUUUUCUUUCAUUUUUGAAAACGUGGCUUUGGAAACUUACUGACUGCGCCAGAACAUCGACACUUGUAGUUUUGAUGGCUCAGUAAAAACCUCCUUUUCAGUUGGGAGCGUGGAGGAUUUCAGAUUUAUCAUAUUCCUUUGUGUAACAAUAUGUAAGCAUUUCACAAACAAGCUCUAAUAGUGCUAUUUCAGGGGUAUGUUGUCAAUUCUCUGACUGAAUCUUGCCUUGAGUGAUCAUUGUCACUUGACCUAAUCUGUCUUUUAGCAUAAACAACAUUAAGUGAAAGAUUGCAUUGAAGGGUAGCUGUAGGAUGCAUUAAUCUAAUGCCAUGCUUGCGUAUUGGUAAGAAUGUUGAGGGUGAUGGGCAAGGAAUGCUGUCUUUUUAUCAGGCUGGCUCUAUUAUUAGGCAUCUGUUUCAAGACUCUGGUAUGCACUCUGUUCUAUGUCAGGAGAUCUUGUUUCUGUGAAGUGUUAUGUCGCUAUGCAUCUUGGUGCCAGUCUGUGUGUACACACAAGCAUCAUUACAUAGAACGUACAUGUAGGUCACAGUAAUUGGGGCUCCUAAUGUGGACCUUUUUUAAAUAGUUUUGGCCAUUCCAUAGUCAUACUACAUCCUUCUGACUUUGAUUAGCUUCCAUGCUGAUGAGUACAGCUGUAAUGUUUGGAGUAAAGUCUGGGGGGGGGGGAAAACAUCUUUGUACUUUGUCCAUUACAUUGGUGAGACCGUUUAUUCACAAGGUCAUUGUAAGUCAUUUACUUAUGUUUCCAAUUUGUUCUCCUCCCCUUCACUGUACAGGCGGUACUGCUCCUAGCCCUUUUUAGGCCCGCUGUACCUUCCUAUAUUUAUCCCGUGGGAUAUCCCCAUUUCCUUCUUCGAGCUGUUGUUCUUCAGCUGGGUUGGAGAUGGAGGUAGGCCUUCUGUUUUUAUUGUGCUAUUUUAGGUGGGGGGGAAAGGGUGGGUUGCGGUUGGUUCGGAUCGCGUAGGCUUGGGGUGGGUUUUUUUUUUUAUUUUUAUUUUUUUUAUAUAUUCUCAUUUCCUUGUCCAGCUAAGGAGGUGUUCCGUUAAUGCCUCUGGUUUGGCCCUUUAUAUCCUAGUUGGUGUUACAACUUGUGGGCUUUUCUGUCCGGCAUCCCAGAUCUUGCUCUGUGCUCUUUUCUGAGAACCAAUUACACAGCAGCCCAGUGGCGUGGCAUCUGGAAGUUUUGUGGACUGGUAGCAGCUAGUGUGACUAUUCCGUUACCUACUAGUGUUUUAGUGUGUGUGUUUGGGGGGGUCUUAAGGUAGUUCUCCCAAUGCUCCCAUGCCUCUAAGAUGUUUCCUUGGAGUCAACGGUUUCUGGGACAUUGCUUCGUAAUCACAGUUCGUUGAGACCUGCCGUAUCAGGGCCUGUAUGUCGGGAGCCCCAUUAGAUUUCCAAAGUCUUUCCUCUUAUCCACCAGCUUUGAGUUGAUCUAUAUUAGUUUGCCAAUGGCUGUUUCUGAAACCUCAGUGAUUCUAGAUUCUAACAUUGUAUUCUCUGUAAGUACAGUGAAAAUGUUAAACCUUCGUAGACAUACUGUUUAUUCCAGUGGUUUGUUUGUAACUUUCAUUUUAUUGCAACUUCUUUUUCCCCAAGUGGAAGGAACUGUUGUCUGUCACAUGUGGUAUAAAGAGCUAGUGUUCCUGAUGCUAACAUACAGUGCUCCUCUGAUUUGGUUAGUAAGCACCUAAAGCAGUCUCUGCUUUUGAAGAAUGCAGAGACUGCUAACUCGCCAUACAAGGCGGCACAAACUUCGUUCUGUGGCAAGAAAAAAGUUUAAAUGGAUUCUCAAAGUACCAUAGCUAACUGUGCACCAUACUUUUAAGGAACUCCUUGUCAUCCUCAUCCUAUUGGUUAUGGAUGCAGUGUUUUGCAACUCUCCCGUUUGUCAUAUUCACCCUAGAUUUGUACAGUUGGCGGGAUAAGAUUUAAUGGUGUUGAUCAGAGACCAAGUAAAGGAAAAUGCAUAAUAACAUAUGAAAAAGGAUGGGUUAAAGUAUUAAAGAUUGAUUGGGACAGUAAUGAAAUAGAAUUUGGAGACCAUAGAAGUAAGGCAAUGGAAAGCUCAAUACAGAGCAUGGGAGAGAAAUGGUGGGCAAUGGAAAAGGGUCUGGAAGGGAGUGGGUGGGACCAGUUGUGAAAGGACAAGUGUAGGAGAUGAAGAGGCCUAGUGACUGAAAGUAAGCAAUUGGGGGACUAAAACUACAAAUUGUAGCUUCUGGGGACUCCAUGCUUUUAAAUUAUUUUAUAACCAUUUAAAAUAUAAAGAUUUUAUAUUAAUUUAUUCAUUUACGACUAACUCUGGGUCCCAGUUUAGAUCAAUGUGUGCUGUCCGUACAGGUUUCAUCUGUUUUUUGUUUUUUUGUUUGUUUUACUUACAUGUUACACUCCUCCUCUCCCUCCAAUAACCACACUAUUGCACCUCAGCUCCACAUGAAAGAAAGAGGAAGCAACCCCCUCAAGAAAGCAUUGAGGAUACUUUCCGCGGGAGAGCAAACCGUAGUGUUUGCACUAACUCUUUCACUUUUGUCAAUUGACAGGUUUUCUAUGGGAAAAUUAGAAUUGGCUAAGAAAUCUCAUAUCUGUGCUUUGUCCUGAAUACUGCAGAGGUUCAUUCAUAUUCUGUCAGGGUGAGCAUAUAUUUAGCACAAUAUUUAUAUUUAUUUCAGAUUUAAUGCAUAAUUUUGUCUAAUUUCUAUUCUGUUUUGCUUCAGUGUGUUGCUGGUUUAUUUUUUUUGUGGGGUUUUUUGUGUGGUCAUGUGAUAAAGUAAACGCGAGAGAGAGAGAGAUACUGCCUGACUAAACCUUGAGUGAGAUAAUGUAGCUUUAGGGACAUUUUCAAGUUCAUGCAUGUGUUAGGAGCAUCUGCCAUGUGGAGGCAAAAGCUGAAAGAUCAGUCACAGGGGUCACACAGUUUGAGGCUGGGAGUCAUAUGAGGACAAUUUCCAUGAUACACUUUGUCGGCUGCUUGCAUUGACGGUGUGUAGUAUGUGGUUAUCUUGUUUUAUGACUCAGUGCCCUAUGUUGCUAACUCAUAGUUUACAUCGGGGCCUGCUGUGAAUUCCUUAUUGAGGUGUUGAGUUAAUCUAAUUUCUGGGGCAAAGGGUCUGCAUGAAAGUCCAACCUUUCUAUUAUAUUUUCUAAACCAGGAACAGCGAAGAUUUGAUCCUCUCCCAGCUUAUUUUGAGUUUGUAAUUUUGUGGCCAGUUCUUUACAAGAUUGUGUGUUGGGUAACACCAUCUGUUUAAUUUUAAAAUGGAUAUGUAGAAAGACUUGCAAGAAAAGGAUUUUUACUUUAAAGGGACACUAUAGUCCCCAAAACAACUUUCUUAAUGAAGCAUUUUUGGUGUUUAGAUCAUGACUCUGAAGUCUUACUGCUCACGUCAGUGCUGUUUAUGUGUUAAAGGGAUACUAUAAGUGCCAGGAAUACAAAGCUGCAUUCCGGGUACUGUAGCUAACUUCCCUGCCUCCAAUAAAGUGUUAGAACCCCCCCCUUUUUUUUUUUUCUCUAUCCUGAUCCCAGCGCAGAUGUCUCUCGCACUUCUACCUAUGACGUCCCGCGAAGCGUUAAAGCGCAUGCUCAGCAAAUACCACGCUCGUAUUAGACCACCCCGUAGGAAAGCAUUGAAUCAGUGCUUACCUGUGGGGAAAUAGUGGACACUGGAUUUUGCAUGAGGACGUCCAGCGUCAGUUACUAGAUCAAACGUCUGGGAAGCGCCUCUAGGUGCCACUACAGGCAGACUUAGUGCUGCAAUGUAAACAUUUGUAGUUUCUCUGGAACUCCAUUUUUAAACAUUGCAGCACUAAGCGCGAUAGGAACACUGUACCCAGACCACUUUAAUAAGGUGAAGUGGUUUGAGUGCCCAUAGUUUCCCUUUUAAAUGACUUUGUUUCCAUUCAUGCAGCCAUAGCCAGACCUCCCCUGGCUGUGACCUACACUGCCUGCAUGAAAACAGAAUUUGCAACAUCGGAAGUGUAAACAUUAGAUGACUCUUUACAGAAAGUGUUUGAUGGUUUGGGAAGGCUGUCCAAGUCACAUGUAGGGAGGUUUUCCUAGGUCUCUAUAAACAAACUUAUUUAAUUCCUAAAUGGCAGAGAAGUGAGCAGUAAGUCUACAGUGGCAUGAUCUAUACAUCAUAAAGCUAAAAUUGUUUUGGUGACUGUAGUGUCCCUUUAACGUUUUAAAGUAGUGUUUUGUAAAGAAAAGGCAAUGUUUACAUGGCUGGCUAGUUACACCUAUAGUGACCAUCACUCAGAUGUCCACUAUAGGUGCUUCUACGGUCAGUGUCUACACUUUCUGCAUGAAGGUGCUUAAAAGACUACUAUAGUGCCAGGAAAAUUAGCUUGUUUUCCUGGCACUAGAGGGUCUUUAGGUCCCACUCCCGCUGGGCUGAAGGGGUUAAACACUUGCCUUUCUCUAGAGCCGGACUCCCUCGGUGCUGGGGAACUCUCCUCCCUCUGCCGACGUCCGCGCCGAAUGCACCUGCGCGUGCAUUUAAACAGUCCAAAUGAAAGCAUUUCUCAAUGCUUUCCUAUGGACGUCCAGCGUCUUCUCACUGGGAUUUUCACAGUGAGAAGCGCCUCUAGCUGCUGUCAGUGCGACAGCCAUUAGAGGCUGAUUAACCCUCAGUGUAAACAUAGCAGUUUCUCUGAAACUGCUAUAAUUUCAGCUGCGGGGUAAAACUAGAUAGACCUGGCACCCAGACCACUUCAUUGAGCUAUAUUGGUCCUUUAAUGUUCCUCAUGGAGAAGCAUUGAGUCACUGCAAUUCUACGAGGAGAUGCAGAUUGUGACAUGCAAUAGCCUCCCAAUGCUCUCCAAUGGAAAAGCAUUGAAUUUGAUGAGAUUAUAAAAGUUAUUUCAGCCACAGAGGCAGGGCCAGCCGUGGUGAGACCAAAGCAGAGUGGAAAAGAGGUGAGUGAAAACACAUUAAUCUCCAAAGUGAGUGGGGCCAGGGACCUAAUGCUGCAUUCCAGCACUAUACUGCCAGGCGUACAUGGUUUUAUUCUUGACACUAUAGGGUUCAUUUAAAGCGAUGCUGUCAUGCCAAACUUAACUUUCCCCAAUCGCUUCCUCUUCUCUCCCUCUCUCAGGAUCUGUUCUUCUUUUCUUCAGGUCUGCUCUAGUUUUCUUUAAAACAUAAGACAGAGUAGGAACUACUUUGUUUAUGGAGGUUUCCUAUGCUUGAUCAGCUUUGACCCACUUCUCGCGGUCAAAGGAACUUUCCCACAAUUCUCACCUGAUCUCGUGAUGCUUCCUUUCAGUAUUCCCCAGCGUCCCCUAUAGAUAGGCCGGCAUCCAAACAGAAUGAACAGUUUGUUCAUUCGUGUUAGAAUGGCAUUCGGUAGUUUCUGUUCGUAUCAGAAUUUCAUUCGAAUGAAAAAAAAUCCGAUCCUAUUGCAGCCGCUUAGUAAAUAGCUCCCUAAUUCCCACAGUAAAAAUUACUUGGUAUUAGUAAUUAAUCUGCCCCUACUCACUAUGCUGCGAAUAGGGACAUGUCUACUAAGCAGUGUGCAGCCAGUGGCUGCUCACUGCUGUAAAAAAGACACCCUCACGCCUCUAAUAAAGUGCCACUUAGUGGGUCACCUAUAACAAUUAACGGGGGGCAUUGUGUUGUCGUCGUCGUCGUCCCAGAGCCCCCACUCGAGCACCGCGAGUGGAGGCCACUAAACUAAAUGGGGGGCAUGGUGUCUCUCCUCGCCCCCACCCAUGAGCGGUGGGUGGGGGCCCUUAGAUAAAACGGGGAGGGGGAUCAUUGUCAAUUAGGGUUCCCACUAUGUCCCCUCUCAACAUAGCGAGUAGGGGCAUUCGGGAGUUUUAAUCUCCCUUAUGCUAUUAUGGGGGUCAUAUUGAUCCCCAUAGAGUGAUGGAAGACAUGUGGGGGGGAGCACAGCUCCCUGACGCUUCUAUUUUUACAUAUUACAAGGAGGGAGCUGUGAGCCAGCAGCUCCCUCUAUGUAAUAAACAAACGAACACCGACAUUCGGUCUUUGUUUGUUCGUUUGAAAUUUCUAUUCAUUCAUUUGUCUUUCUGACAAAUGAAUAGUUGAAAUUCCCGUCUGAAUGCCGAACUUGGCAUGCGCGGGAAUUUCACAGCGCUAUCUAGUGUGGGCAACAUAGGGACUUCAUCGACCCACACAAAGAUGGCGGCACCUAGGUCCUGGCAGAAAGUAAACAUUAAAUAUUGGUAAUAUGGGUGGUGACCAUGGGCACUGUAUUAGUCAGGAGAGGGGUUAAAAAAAAAAAAACUGAUGCGGCCAUGACAGUGCCACUUUAAGUUAUUUGCCACAGAAAAUCUAAAGGCUCAGGGGUGGAUUUCAAUGUGCUAGAGCUAACCUUAACUGGAAAUGUAUAGCUUUGUGUGUGAAAUCUAAAAGCCCCAACAUGGGUGAAAAAUAAUAAUCUUUCUUUAAAUCUGAACUCAUUGCUUCUAAGGAUGAAAAAAAAAUUCAAAGCUCAAGUUUGCUCUGAUUGGGCGCUUGAUAUUACACGAACAAGGUUCAGUAGGUUACUAAGAAUGUAGCUGGAGUGAAAAUCGAGUCAGCAGAGUAAAGGAACCUGAGCCCCUCUUAAAGGUAACCUUGAAGGUUUCAGGUAUGCGAUUUGCAGGGUUCAUCAGUGGUGGAUUAGGUAAUUUAAUAAGGCUGGAAAGAGAUCCAACAGAGCACAAUCUAGAUGGUGCAAGUUAUAUCUACAUGCUCACUUGCCCAAACAGUGCUAAAGCGAUAGAUGGCUUGUGCAUACUUCUUUCUUGUGAAUGGCUAAAGCACUGGCUUAAUCGGUCAGUGAACAUAAACAGAAUGGACUUUACUUAAGGCUGAUAAUAGCUGUGUGAUUGGGACCUACCAGACACAGAAAGGUAGUAUCUUUCAUUAUUACUUUUUUAACUCUAGUUUAUCAUUGAGUACUAGUAUAUUGCAGAAGUCAAACAUUAAAAUCCAGCCAUACAAGUUCAUGAAAGAGAAAGUGUAGGUCUGUUUCAGUACUUGAAUUAUUGAAUAAAUGUGCUCAUUUUAUGGUGCAAACUGUAACUUUGUAAUGUGUUGGAUGGGUGAGCUAUGUCUGCAGCCUUUUAUAGUAAUAAAACUAAAAAAUGUAAUGUCGAUAAUAUUGGGAAAAGGGUAAUGGUUAGGAUCAUUGUGUUAUUUAUUUUUUUUGUAUUUGUUGUUAAAUUACUAAAUAUGCAUAUCUGCAUCUUUGUAACUUUUUACAGUUAAAAUUUCAGCUUGGUAAUUUUAUAAAUUUUCUCAAUUUAAUUCUACGUGGAGGUUGUGUGGGUGUGGUUUUUUUUUUGUUUUUUUUGUUUUGUUUUUUUUAAAUUUAUUUAUUUAUUUAUUUUUAUUUUUUUGUGAAGUGAUCUUCUGAAGAAACUUUUGAGUAAAGGCCUUGAAUUUUUUAUUUUUUUCUCUAAUGGUUAAUGUUUGUCUUUUUUCUUUCAGAUCCCUUGAGUGAGUCAAGACAAGAGUGUGAAGGUCCUGCAACCGACAACCUUUUGUUCUUCAGUGCUGCUGCCAGGCCCCGUGCCCCUCUCCAUGCCCCCGCCAAGCGUCGGGCAUCCAACGCAAUGUGUGUUUGUCAAACCAUGGAAGUGGGGCAGUGCGUUAAGAGCGCAGUAUGCGACAGGGGCCGAGGGGUUCUCCUGGAACCGUUCAUUCAUCAGGUGGGAGGGCACAGCAGCAUGAUGCGUUACGAUGACCAUACUGUGUGCAAACCACUUAUAGCCAGGGAACAGCGCUUCUACGAAUCUCUUCCACCUGAGAUGAACGAAUUUACCCCCGAGUACAAAGGUGAAGGACUCAUCUGGAAAUUGGUACCCUUAAGACUGCAUACAUUUUAUAUUCUUUAUUCAUGAACUCCAUAAGGUGUUACUAUGCAAAGCUUUCAGCCAUUUGUUUUGUUUAUUAUGCUCAAAUAUGUUCUGUUGCAAUAAAAAUGUGUUCUGCUGACUACUUCUUUUCUUUACUUCAGUCUAGAUUUUGAAAGAUUUAUCUUGAUGUAACUAUGAUGCAUCUGGUCAUGUGUUUGACAUAAAUAUAAUCUUUUUAAACUGUCUGUACCCAUAGUACAUUGAUUUCAUAAAACUGGGAAAUGUAUUUGGCCACCAUUAUUUAUUAUCACAGCCUGCAUUAGUCAUUGGCAAAUAUUGGUUUACUGGAGAGUAAUGAAUAUUGCAUAUCUGUGGUUUAAUCUUUUUCGAUAACCUUGUUUGAUGAAAUAGAACAUACAAUGUUACAGCAGUCCUACAGUACUGUAUUUUAUGCUAUGUAGGAAAUGGUAUUGUCACACAACCCUUUUUAUUUAUUUUUAUAUAUCUUGUGUAAUGGUAAACUUAAGUUACAGGUUCAAAGUAAUCUCUUGUCCUUUCAGGUGUGGUGUCUGUCUGCUUUGAAGGUGACAGUGAUGGUUACAUUAACCUUGUCGCAUACCCUUUUGUGGAGAGUGAGUCCAUGGAUCAAGAAGAAACCCCUGAAAGGGACCACUCAAGACGCAAACACUCCCGCCGUGGACUCCAUCGCACGAAUAGCAAUGCUGCAAGCACUGAACAUAAGGAUGAUUGGUCACUAUUAACUGGGGAGAACUCUGAAAGGUAUUAGACAUAUUUUAUGUACUUUCACUUAAAAAAACUAAAUGGAACUACAGGGGAUGUCAUGUAACCUUUGCUAUGAUGCGGUUUUUCUUUAUGGAUUUGUCAGUGAUUCUAAUGUAAGUGGAGAUUCUAGUGUGCGCCCAUCUCAGAGUAAUUUGGGUAAAUGUCUCAUUACUAGUAAACUAUAAAAUAAAUAAAUAAAAACCGUACACACUGAUACAAACAUUUUACCCCAGUGUAUCCUGGCAAAGUAUAUAUGCACAAAAUGGCUUGCAUAUAUAUUUUGAGAAUGCAUUUUUAAUGUCAGAGUGGAGUUUUCCAUAUAAAUUUUUUUUAAUUAUGUCUAAUGUACCACAGAACUGUUAUUGACAUAAUGCGUAUUUAACACAUGUUUAUGUAUGUGUAACAAACCAAAUAUGUGUUUGAUGUAAUAUGUAUUUUUUAUUAUUUAUCAAGUGCCUAUUUGGUACACACACACACAAACCGGUAUGGUGGUGAAAAUGUGAUUGAAAACCCCUUCCACCUUUGGUCAGUACAUUGUUAAACACAGAUCUGCACACCGGCCAAGCCACUAGACUUGCUUUUCCCACAGAAAUCUAAAAUUUCAGUGGUUUCUACUCCAAGUGAUUUUUGGUUGGCAUAUGCAAAUUAGUUCAACAAAGAUUCACCUCUUUGCCUCAUUAUUCCAUUUUAACCCCUUAAGGACCAAACAUCUGGAAUAAAAGGGAAUCAUGACAUGUCACACAUGUCAUGUGUCCUUAAGGGGUUAAACAUGGAUUCCUUGGAGUAUGUUUGCUGUGUACAACAGCUUUGAAACACAAGAGAUGCAAAGCCAGUAAACCCUCAUGGACAGCUGUUUCAUUGUUUAGAGGCAAAAAGGUAAUUCUUUGUUGUACUAAUUGCAUAUGCCCACCCAGAAUUCCUUGCAGUAGUAACAUCACUGACUUCAGGUGGAAGGGGAUUUCAGUCACAUUUUUCGCCACCAUUACUUUCUUGGUUUGUGUGAGUGUUUGUUUAUAUAGAUAUACAUACAUGUUCAGGUGAGUGCAGUCCUGUGUGUGUAUAUAUAUGUGUAUAUGUAUAUAUAUAUAUUAUUUCUGUAAACAAAUUGUGAUCCUCCAUUAUACGAGUGGGAAUGUGUUUGAACCAGCUUGAUUACCACUCAUAUAAUGGAGGAUCACGUUUGUUUGCAGUUAUUUAUUUCAACCAGCAAUUGCAUAGGAGAAGUUUCCAUAAGGUGCAAAUGCAGUUAAUCUGGGUACAUAACAAAAUGUUGAACAGUUCUUAGAUGCAAUCGCAAUAAAGAGUCUCGAGUCUUAUGGCAUGCACAUGUUAUCUAAUUGAAAGAAAAUAGAAAGCUGGCAAUUUGGUCAGGUGGCAUAAUCUCACAAAUUUUAAGAUCAACUUUUGAGUGGGAAAUCCUAUCUUGUUGCAAUGCACUUUAUUACUUGAUGUCUGGCAUCAGUGUUAGAAAGGUCUGUAGUGUGAGUUUAUUAGUUUUAAGUAGAUUUUCAUGGUGUCCAUUUAGCUAUGCACUUAAAGGAUUAAGUCUCAAAUACUUGCCUGACAUUUAUCACUGUAGACCACACUGGUGGAUGAGAGAGACAGCAUGUAUUAAAAUUCAUGGGAUCUAAUGACUUUGUUUACUUAGUCUUCUUUAAUCUUGCAGUGCCCAGGAGAUGAAGAGCCCAAAACUGGAGCUAGUGAUGCACUCAGAAGUUCCCUUUCAAAUGCUGGAUGGCAACAGUGAGAUGAGCUCCGAAAGAAUCAGUUACAACCCUUGGAGCCUCCGCUGCCACAAGCAGCAACUGAACCGCAUGCGUUCUGAAUCCAAAGAGAGGAAACUGUACAGUAUCUUUCUUGAAUGAUCUGAAAUUAACAUAAACCUCUUUUAAUCCAUUUUACUUUGAGAGCUGAAUUGUAUUAUAUCAGGUAAUCCCUUCUCCCAAGAUAUCAUAGCUGCUGUGAUUUGCAAACAUUGCAUUUACCAGAUCAACCUUUACAGCACCUACCCCUUGGUAUUAGAUCCUGUACUGUCUUAAUGCGAUAUGACAAGAGACUGGUGCAGGUUCUCGCAUAGCGAUCUAUGGGAGAACUUUUAUAGCAGUCAACUUCAGUCGUCGUGCACCUUUAAUCCUUUUAAUUUCACUGAUUUGGGCAUCCUAUUAUUUGAAUAUGUAUAGAUAUUUAUUUUAAUUGUAUUUUUUUUUUUUUCUUCCAAGACCGCACUCCAAGGACUUCUUGAGGUAGUACAAAAAUAAAACUUGGCUUUUAUUUACACUAUAUAAAAAUAAAUAAAAUCGACUUUUCCGUUUAAACACUACUUUUUUUUGUCAGGAAUUCUGUCUACUACCUCAAUAAGUCCUUGGAGUGCUGUCAUGAAGAACAAUAUGCUUUUGUGUAAUUGUGAUGAUCCCCGGGCACCGAACUGCAACUUUACUCUGGCAUGCAGGCUUCUAUGGAAUUUUUUUAUAUCUAUUAAAUUAAAAAAAGUACUUUUAUACAUGUUCAAUCAAUGCAGCCCACUGGUUUUCAUAUAUAAAUAUAUUUUGGUAGUCUAGGCCUUGGUUUUCCACCCCUCUCUGUCACAGGUGCCUCAUUCCAUGGCCCUAUUUAACCUUGUACUGCAGAUAGCCCCAGAUGUAAGAUAGAUAUAUCAUAUAUAUAAAAACAAAUAGCUGCUCACCGGUCUUUAAAAAAACUCCAAUACUUUAAUCAAUUCAAGUUAAAAUGAGAACCAACGUUUCAGUCCCCGCUCGGGACUUUCCUCAGGGUAACAAAACAACAUAAAAACCAUCAAAUACAUGACAAUAUAUAGCAUAAAUGUAAUUGAAUUAAACUCACCCAGGUGCAGUGUGUUCAUGCUGAACGUGAUCCGAUGCACUUCCGGGUAUGCGCGCGCAUACGUGAAUAAGAUCCGCCCCCUUACGUGCACGUAUGCGCGCGCAUACCCGGAAGUACACCGGAUCAGGUUCAGCAUGAACACACUGCACCUGGGUGAGUUUAAUUCAAUUACAUUUAUGCUAUAUAUUGUCAUGUAUUUUUUUUAUUUUAAUAAAUUCUUUAUUUAUGACAUAUAUGAGAUUACAGAACAAAGAGAGAGCGUAGAGUGGGUACUGUCAUACACAGCAAAAACCACAAAGAUUCACAGUUAGUACAUUUGUUUGUCGAUUAACAGAGAUUUUGUGGGAUGUGCAUUCCUGUACCUUCGCGUGUAUGAGAGAUGUUCCUCCUGUUCUGAGCCUGUGUGUGCUUUUGUCGUGUUUGUCGGGGGAUAGAAGAGAGGGGAAAGGGGGAUGCGUUGACGUUGGUGGGACGUGCGCAGGCAGGAGGGGUACAGGGCUCGAGGGGGGGGGAGGCGGUCGGUUGGCAUGUGUUUAUGCUCACACUCGUGUACUCCGUGGGACACCUUGCCGCGCAACGACCAAUCCUAUCCCUGUAUUGCGCCCCGUGUAGUGAGUCAGGACCAUGAGUGGGGCUCUCAAGAGAUACCUUGUACUGUUAUCGCUUGUCUGGUCAAUGCCUUGUGGGCGCUAUUGGCUGUAACGGGGUUGUGUUGACCUAUGGUCUCGCUGGAGCACCCGAGCGUGUUUGAUGUUAUAUUGUCAUGUAUUUGAUGUUUUUUAUGUUUUGCUACCCUGAGGAAAGUCCCGAGCGGGGACUGAAACGUUGGUUUCUCAUUUUAACUUGAAUUGAUUAAAGCAUUGGAGUUUUUUUAAAGACCGGUGAGCAGCUUUUUUUUUUUUUUUGGCAGAUUGUACUAUUCGAGUCUAGGCUAUGGCACCCGGCAAACUGGAUAUUUACUAAGCGUGAGUGCAGGGGAUAUUGGAAAAAAAAAAUAUAUAUAUAUAUCUAUAUCUCUAUCUAUAUCUCUCUAUAUAUAUAUAUAUAUAUAUAUAUAUAUAUAUAUAUAUAUAUAUAUAUAUAUAUAUAUAUAUAUAUAUAUAUAUAUAUAUAUAUAUUCUCUCUAUCUCUAUCUAUCUCUCAUAUAAUACUUUGUCACAAGAUGUUUUCAGAUCCUUAACUCCACUGCCCUAUCAGAGUUUCUUCUCUUAGAAAAUGUGGUACACCAUUUCAAGUUCCCAUGUGUGCUGGACCUUAAGAUGGGCACAAGACAGCAUGGGGAUGAUGCUUCUGAAGAGAAAGCAGCGCGGCAAAUGAAGAAGUGUGAGCAAAGUACAUCAGCCACACUUGGUGUGAGGGUGUGUGGCAUGCAGGUACCAAUCUUAGUCACCCUAGCUUGACUCUAUUCUUAAUUGCCAUUAUCAGAACGCUUCUGUUAUGGGCAGGGACACAUUAAAAUAAUGUUCAAGUGAUUUCUAGAUAUGAAGGUGAAAACAAUAUUGCAUGUAAAUAAAAUUUAAAAAAUGACCAUAAAUAAACUGCCCGGGAACACAUUGGGGGGAGACUUAUUAAAGUAUUGUGCUAUUAAAUAUGAUGCACAGUACAAUAUCUCUCUAUACCUUGCAAGUUUUGUAUACUAUCACUUUUAAAUUCAGCCUAAAUUGAAAUGUGUGUAUUUAUUAGCUGUUGCACUAUUUAUGUAGACUGUUUUGUUAUUAUUUCUAGGUUUUCCAGAUGGACACAGGGCAUUAUCUGUGUUUGAACAAGUACUAUGGGCGUGGACUGAGUGCAGAGGGUUUCAGACAGGCGCUCUAUCAGUACCUUCACAACGGUGUCAAUUUGCGUAGGGACCUGUUUGAACCAAUCCUGAGCAAGCUGAAACGCCUUACAGCUGUGCUGGAGAUCCAGGCUUCUUAUCGCUUCUACUCAAGUUCCCUUCUGAUUAUAUAUGAUGGCAGGGACCACCCAAGGUCAACUGACUCCAUGGUUCAGGAACCAGUACCCAAAGUGGAUGUGCGUAUGAUAGAUUUUGCCCAUAGCACCUACAAAGGCUUUCGUGAUGAUCUCACAGUGCAUGAUGGACCAGACAAAGGGUAUGUUUUGGGCCUGCGUAGUCUCAUUAGCAUCCUGGAGCUCAUUCGAGAUGAGAACCAAUAAUGUCUACAAAGGACCACUUGUCCAUGAGGCCUCUAUGCUCGUCCACGGUUCCUGCUCCUUGCACUCCUGUACCUUUUUUAAAUGGUGAUUUUCAAGAUGAUGUAAGGGCUUGGAGAGGUAAUUCAUGCACACAAUGACAAGAGUGCCACAGUGGAUGUACGUUAACUGUUUGCACUUUUCUUUUUCAUAGUAAACCAAAUUAAGUUUUCCUAUUUAAUCUCCAGGCUGUGUUCUACUUUCCUUUCAUGAAAAUAUCUCCCUGUUUAUUGUCAACGUACAACUGUCUGUUACCUGCUUGCCUGAGAGGACAAGGCAGGAAGACAUCUGGCCUUUUAAAAUUUAGCACAGUAAAUCUGCACUUAUAGAGUCUUGUGCCGAAAACCAGACAAUAGUAUUGACCCUCAACCGAUAAAAGAAACGGCGAAACUUCAAUAUGACAGAUUGGGGGACUUCUGAUGUAAAACGCUACCAAGGUUUGUGUGUUGGAGCUAAGCUCUCCACAAAUAUUUUUCUUUAAGUCACCAAAUGGCUGCUGUUGUGGACAAAACUUGACCCUACUCAGGCUCUGCUUGUGCUUGUUCCACCACAGUUAUGGCAGGUGAAGGAAUACUGUGGUACCCUUUUCCCCACCAAACUUUCCAUAGCUGGAAAUGCACAGAGGAAACUUAUCAAUGCAAUCAAAUUGUAUGCCUCCAUCACUUUGUAGCCCCUUUACCCUCCUUAAAAAGAAGUCUGGACUUGUGGACCUGUUAUGCAUCCACAGAAUUGUAUAUAUUUAUAUUGCUAUAUAAAUAUACAAAUAUAUAUAUUACACGCACAUAUAUAUAUCUCAGAUAAAAUCUAUAUAUAGAGCUCUAUUAUUCACGCUUACCAUUGUAUGAUGCCUGUCUUCCCUGCUCAGGAGAGGUUGGGGUCUAAAUGUUAAUUUCCUAAUGCAUUAAGAAACUUUUGUUACCUAAAUUACAAUGCGAACGGUGGUCAAACAUGCUAGACCUCAGCUAUUCAAUGUAAAUCGCAAGAGUGACAGAUCAGAUGACAGCGGAGUCAUAGAGUUUAAAAUGCUAAUAGCACAGGUGUGCCUUUUUAAUUCCCCCCUCUCCUCACCCCCCUUUAAUUUCAUUUGUCAUAGGGGGGCACAAACUCUUUGUUUUUCUUAGAUUUGGUUAGUAUAAAGAAAUGGAGAAUGCAGUUAGGCCUAAAUCUUAAUCAUAAAAUUACAUUUAAGAAUUCGCUAUCCCACAAUAUCAAGAUAAAUGUAAUUAUUACAUUUUUGCUUAACAUUCAACUUUAAACUUUGUUGUAGGACUUGAAUGGUUUUUGUUUGUUUUUUUUCCUUUAGAAAGAAAAGGGGUGAUUUUAAAUUUAACACACAAAAAAGUUGCAUUAUUCUCAGAGGAUGAAAUGUAUUCUAUAGAUUUCUUCCUUGCUCUCCGUCCAUGUUAAUUGCGACUGCUAUUAAACUGUCCUGAAAAUCAGCCCAGUAGUGCACUUGGGUGUCCGUUCUCAGGGAAGAAAGAGUUACCGUGUACUGAAGCACAACUGUGUGCAUUACUCUGCAAGAGAAAAGUUUGUGGCCAUUAGGUUCCAAUUGGGUGAUGGUUUGGCAUCCCAGAUGGUCCUGAACAUGUAUUCCAUGAUGCCAUGCAAGCUGAGCAUAAUGAGAAGUUUAAAUCAGGAAUAUCAGGUGCCAAGAUAAAAAAAUCAAAACAUUGUCCAGCAUUAGUUUUGUUUUUUUGUUUUUUUACUUGUGUUUACUUGGUUCCAGCAGUAUUCUGUAUCUAUGUAUUAAAAAUGCACUGCAGUCUGCAGGAUGGUAUUCUAGGGUAUCAAGUUUUCAUACCAAAGUAGAAAUUGUGCCUGUGUGUAGAAUUUUAUAUAGUGCAGAAUACUCCCUAGAAUACUUUGUUGCUUUUGUCACUCCUUGUUUUACAGUUCUGACCAUAUAUACAUGGUAAACUUGUUUUGGGUUUUAUUUUUGAUUCCAGAGGAACAAACAUGGGAAUUUUUACAGUGUGAUGUUUACUGAACAUUUGAGGAAUAAUGUCUACAUGGGUGAUGAAUGAUCCAAUGUAUGAUUUGGAAGCUGUAAAACUGCAUUUUCUCCUGCAUACCCUUUUUUUGUUCUAAAUUGACAAAUAUGAAAAUGUUGAAUUGAUCCAAUUGUUUUCUUUUUGAGGUUAUUCAGUAUAGCAGGUGUAGGCAACCUUCAGUACUCCAAAACUGGCAGAUCUGUGGAAUUGUAGUCCACAACAUCUGGAGUGACGAUGGUUGUCUACCCCCGCACUAAAGGGAUGUUGUGGAGAAUUGACAAGGGAAUUGUACAUUUCAGGCUAAAAUACCUUUUCUGUUUAGAAAUUGUGCCAUUCUAGCUUAAAACGUGCACAUUUUUUUUUGUCCCUAGUGAAGGUGUCCUGAUGACCACUAUACCAGUCCUUUGCAUUUAGAGUGGGGUUUAUAAAGGAUCCAACCAGCUAUGCAGCAUUAGUUUGUUUCACUUUUAAACCAUACAUUUUCAGUAAGUGCAGAUGAGGUAUAGUAAGAACACUCCAAACACCAUGGCCUCUACAGCAUGUUAGAGUGGCGACUAUGCAAGCAGUGUCCUGGCAUGCCAAUCCAUUUUUAGAAUGGCUUGAUAACCUUUCUUGGGUCUACUGGGUGCUGCUCCCUAUCUCGUCUCAUCUGCCUGGAGAGCCAUAAACUCCCUACACUGCUAGGCUUAGCUCACACAGAGCUUCUGGCGAGUGUAGGCUGUAGUUUAGGCAGAGUACAGGUAAGAACCAUGGCAUUGGCAAUCUGACUUUCUUAGGUUGCAAGGAGCAGCCCACAGGUAUAAACAAAGGCGUUGGCAAAUGGCUUGACUUGCUUAAAUUGCGAGAAGGGACUAAGGGCAAUGUAGUGGUUAUGGUGCUUGGAUUGUUGUGCCAGAAGCAAUAGAAAACAAGAAUAUGUGCUUGAUAAUAUUUACAACUUUUUUUUUUUUUUUUUUUAAGGCACAAAGGGGUCUCUCUUAGGACCUAUUUUGCCACUCUUGUUCCAGCUGCCUGUCUUCCCUAUCCAAAAUCCCUGGGAAACACCACACCAUCACUAAAAUAACCCUAGGCCUUCACAUGCAGUAUUUGACGUAGACUUUAAAUUUGUAUGAAUGAGCAUUCAUUUAAUUGUAUUUAUUUCCAUCGUAAAGGGUGUUUAGUUAAUGGAAUAAUUAUUCACUAAAUACAAAUUUUAGAAAAUUUAAACAAAAUUCUGAUUUGUAAAUUUUAUAGUCACAGCCGGACUAUUUAAGCCUAAAUGUUGAUAUUUGGUCCUCUACACUUUUUUUUUUUUUUUUAGGGAAUACAACAUAUAAUUAAUAUAUAUAGCAUCUCUCUAGAGCCAGAGAUAUUACUGUAAACCGGAUUCUGCUAGUCCUCCACGUGCUUUCAUUGUACCUCUUAGUUUCCAAAUCCACAGCUAUUACUAGAAAUGGCUUCUUUUAUAUGAAUGAUUAAAGAAUUGCAUCUACGUUUACUCAACAGAGUUGUGGAGAUUUAACAAGGGAAUUGUCCAAUCCAGAGUAAAGUAACCAAGCUGGAAAUCUAGUUUAGUUGGAGAACUUCUAGCUCGGUUGCACUGUGUAAUUCCCUUGUCAAUUAUCCAUGAUGCGUUUUUGUUUUUGUUUUUUUUAAUAAUGGUCUGGGAGCACUAGGUCUACAUGAGUGGAAUGCUUCAGCUUUCUGGCAUGAACAGGUCACUUGGAUCCCACUAUUUAAACAAUGUUACUGGAAGUGUUUAUUGCAUUUGUAAAUGUUACUGUUUUGUGUUUUGUUUUUUUUUUCCAUAAUUUUUUAAUUAAACAGUACUCCUGACAUUCUUGGGGUUUUUUUUUUUUGUUGUUUUUUUUUCCUUUCCUAGAAGUCUCACCUCCUUUUUUUUUAUAUAUAAGCAAAGUUGCAGUCUUGCAGGUAAGCUAUGCAUUAUGUAUAUGUUGCUAUAUCUGCUUUGCUAGACUAGAUGUGAACAUCUCUGCAUAUAGAUCCUUACUAGUCAUUUUUUCUCUUUUUCACAAGGAAAAAAGGUCUUUAAAAAUCUCUUUUCUGUGUAUCCAUGUAGACAUCCCAAAAUGUAUUUCUGGAUAUGUCUGUAUGGUGACAUUCCAUAAACCUUAAUAAAGUAAACCUAUACUAAAAAAAUAAAUAAAGCAUAAUUGUUUCAAAAUUGUGCAGGAUUUACCGCUCUAACUCAUGUUUGAAAUUAGAUUUGUCUCCUAUUAUUUUUAUUUUUUUUCGAUGUGGUUUCCCCCUUCCCUCCCUAUGUUUUUUAAACUGUUACUAUAUUUUCAGUUUGUGGUUUUUUUGGUUUUUUUUUUAUCAUCUCUCAUGCAACAUAGUAACUGUCUUCUCCUCUAAUGACCUAUAUUAAAAUAAAAAAAAAAUAUAUAUA